AUGACCAAACAUACAGUUCUUAUCUUUCAAAAAACCAACAAUCCCAAUACUAGAACUUGGACCGAACAUACGAACGUAACAGCAGCUCUUGAAGCAAUUAUCGGCAUGUUUGAAAAACAACUUGCACAGACAUAUCCAGACCAAAGUCACAUUAAUUACCAAGUAGGAGACCUUAUAGGUUUCAUCGGUCAAUGUAAAGAAUUUGUGGCCCUUAUCUUUGAUCAAAAAGUGAACGCAUAUGUCCCAAGAGACAAAGCUUGGAUUCAAGAAAAGAUCGUUUCCCAUUUAAGAUUAAAACUCGAAAAGUCCAAAAAAGUAGCUAGUCACGAUAUGGGUAACAGGGCAACUAGUAAAUCAUAUAUAUAA